CGCAUUGCCAACUGCAACAUUGGAUCCGUGGCGCUUGUAAGGUCGGCGGUGUGUCUGGUGAGCUGUCCUAAAGCGCACAGCAACGCAUCGAUUCCCCCGACGCAUUUCCCAACACACUGCUCGCGAUGCAGCUGCCGCUGCUCUCAUGCGGUCUCUGGGCCCUGUUGGCCGUCCAGGCGGCGGCGACAGCAUUAACGUACAAGCUCAAUGCAAACGAGGAGGCGUGCUUCUACACGGUCACGAAGAACCCUGACGAGAAGAUCGCCUUCUACUUUGCAGUGCAAUCCGGCGGCUCCUUCGAUGUCGACUACAAGGUGACCGGGCCAAAUGGGAAGUACAUCAUGAACGGGGAGAAGGAACGGCAAGGGGACUUUGUGUUCACCGCGAGGGAAGUUGGCGAGUACAAGUUCUGCUUCAACAACGAGAUGAGCACCUACACCGAGAAGUUCGUGGACUUCGAGAUCGCGGUGGAGAACGAGGCGCGCGUCAGCCUGCCUGCGAAGCCAGGCGCCUCCCCCGAGCAGACCAGCAGCCUCGAGGAGUCGCUCUUCAAGAUCUCGGGCCAGUUGUCGACCAUCACCCGCAACCAGAAAUACUUCCGCACCCGCGAGAACCGCAACUUCAGCACCGUCCGGAGCACAGAGAAGAGGAUCAUCAACUUCAGCCUGAUCCAGAUCCUUCUGGUCAUCUGCAUGGGCGCUCUGCAGGUUUUUAUUGUCCGGUUCUUCUUCCAGGGGGCCAGGAAGGGCUACGUAUGAAGGGACAUGAGGACCCGGUGAUUCUAUGGAGCGAAAACUUGUCUGAUUUGGCUGGCGCAACAUCGCAAACUGGGCUUGCGUGCAUGAAGGCAUGUGUGUAUCUUAGGGAUGGCUCACGGUUUACGAGGGAUGAUUUCCAGACAGCCGGCCCAUCUGUCGGUGCUCCCUGUGCGUGAUGCACUGUACCUCGGCUGGGGAGACAUACCACUACUUGCGAUCUUCACGACGCCAGCCCAGACAUCCCAUGGGCUCACACGCCGGAAGUCUGUCUCUGGCGCUCUCCGCCAGCACGAACAGGUAAGCUCCAGUGCCGGCCGGUCCUCCUACAC